ACUCCACUCCAGGUGUAAAACAGAGAGAGAGAGAGAGAGAGAGAGAGAGAGAGAGAGAGAGUGAUGGCAAGGUGGUGUGUAGUCUUAGUGCUUGCAAUGACAGUAGUUUACACUACUGCAAGAAAUGUGCCAAGUGACGCCGGUCUCACUGACCAAAAGAACUUCAUCGCUUACGGCGGCGUUGGCGGCGUGGCCGGUGUCGCUGGAGGCCUCGGCGGGAUCGGUGGAGCCGGAGGAGUGGGUGGACUCGGUGGACUAGGAGGACUCGGUGGUGGGGGCUUGGGUGGUGUUGGUGGCGGAGCUGGGGGCUUGGGUGGUGUUGGUGGCGGAGCUGGGGGCUUGGGUGGUGUUGGUGGCGGAGUUGGGGGCUUGGGUGGUGUUGGUGGCGGGCUCGGCGGCGGUGGCGGAGCAGGAGGUGGUGCCGGUGCUCUUCCUCUUCCAUGAGUUCCUGCUAGCUUUUGAUUUGUGUGGUUGCUUUUAAGUUUUUUAUAUUUUUUUGGUGUUCUACUGCUCUAGUCGUAGUAGCACUGUUUGGCAGUUAAGUCAGUUAUCCGAACGAAGUUAUGUUUUCUGAUUUUUCGUUGGUGUCAUUCUCGAUCCGAGAUUUCUAUAUUGUGAUAAGUCUUUAAUGGAAUUAAAUAAUAUAUAGUUUAUUUUGAAGCCU